AUGUAUAAAAAAAACGAAGAGAAAAUUGACGAAAUAAAAGAUUGGAUAAGUUCUCGGAGUACUUUCAUUCAAACAUUUUUACAAGGUUGCGAUGGAGACGUGGACAAAACUAAGAAAACAUUCGAAAAUUAUUUUUUCGUGAGGCAAACGGUUCGAGAAUUUUUUUUCGACAGGGAUCCAACCCGUGAAGAAAACAUGUCCGCUUGGGAAACUUCGUAA